CUUUAACUGACCAUUAAGCAAACACAUUUGUUUAGGUCAGCUGACAAUUCCUGCAUAUAAACCAAAGCAAAAUGAGGAAAUGGUAAAGAAAGACUGUGUUACAUUGAGCAGACCAUUGCUAAUACAUUAACCAUGUCGCUUUCUGGUUGUGAGAAGGAAGCUGUUGAUAACAUUUGGAAACAAGCAUCUGGACAUGCACAAUCUCAUGGUGCUGAGGCAUUUGAAAGGUAAAAUAGCUUUAUUAAAUUAAACUAGUCACACAAAAAGGAAUUACUAUGUACUACAAUUAUAUCUUAUGUAAAGAAAAACUAUGAACAGAUAAAAUAUAUUUAGUUUUUUUUAAAAUAAAUAAUUGCCUUCACAUAAGAUUAUAGUAUAAAUAGCUUUUUCUUUGAAGAUGGUGAAGGUUUAGUGGACCUGUUUACAUAGUAUCAUUAUUAGGAAUUUCUAACAUGAUAUCUAAAGCAGAUAUCUAAAAUAGGAAUAUUCGAGUAAAAAUAUCUGUUUUUAGAAGAGAACUCUUCAACACUUUUAUAUUGCUGACUUGAAUAUUUUGUGCUAAACUUUGUAUUUCAAUAUAUUAAUAUUCAGUGUUUUAGAGAAAAACCUCCAGUAGUGAUUGGAAUUGUUUAAUAAUUGUAGUAUUUAUGAUUUAAGGACAUUUUAAAUAAUAAGCAAGUUGAAUACAUUUAAAGCCUACACAGACGAUCUAUGAAGCAUGCUUUAAUGUUUUAUAGCAAAACUUGCUACCUGAUAUGUUGCAUUUCAAGCCAAUUUUUAAUGUACUUUGUAUCUCAUAUAUACAAAUUUAAUGAAUGACUAAGUAAUUUAUUGAUUUGUUGGAUUCCACUGACAUUCUAGAGCGACAUUCUGAGUUUUAAAGAAUCAUCAUUUAGGCAGAAUCUUUUGGUGCUAGAUAACUAAAUUUAUUAUUAUUUUUUUUUAAUUAUUAUUUUUUUUUUUUUACAGAGUCUUCCAAAGCUAUCCCCAGACCAAAACAUAUUUCAGCCAUUAUGACCUGAAACAUGGUUCCAAUGAUCUUAAAACCCAAGGAGCCAAUGUGUUCAAUGCUAUUGGUCAGGCAAUCAAUCACCUGGAUAACUUGGAAGCUACACUGUCUAAGCUAAGUGACCUUCAUGCUUUUAAACUGAGGGUGGACCCAGGAAAUUUUGAGGUGUGUAUUAUUUCAGCUUAUUUAUAUAUUUAUCUAAUCCCAGCAGAUACAUUAAUAUAUAGAAUUGUUUAAGAAGUUAUUUGCCCAACCCUCGUCCUGAAGACAUUGAACAUUAUUAUGAAAUCAUGGAAUUAAAUCUAUAUGUGUUCCAUUGAGUUAGGUAUUAACAUUUAGAGGACAGGUCUUCUAACGAGUAACUUUACAUUUUCUUGUUACAUACUUUGUUAUUACUACUAUUAACAACAUUAAAUGGACACUAUAAAGCACUAACACAGCUUUGAUGUUUUGGUGUAUAGCUCAUGCCCCUGCAGUCUAACUGCUUAAUUCUUUGCCAUUUAGGAGUUAAACCAACUUGUUCAUGCAGCACUAGUCACAUUUUCAAAUACAUUUCAUGUAAAGAAAGACUAUACAGUCUCCAAAUACACUUCAUGUAAAGAGAGGCCUAAUGCUAAAACUACCUUUUAUUGCAUAGUCUGUUUAAUUUAGAAUUUAAAAAAAAAAUGUAAUAGCCUGUUGGAGCCUGUAGGAUUAAAGUUCAAUUAAUAGAAGGUGAUUAAAAACAAAAACAAAAAACUGCUAAAGUAAACAAACGUUGCUAUCACAUCUGAUUGAAAAUUAAACAGUAUGUUCAUGUAGUCUGUGUAAAUCACAUCCAGGAGAGGUUAGGGCUGCAUAAACAGAAGCAAACUGAUUUAACACCUAAAUGGCAGAGAGUUGAGCAGUGAGAUUGCAACAGCACGGUCAUCACUAUAACUGCUUCAUUAAGCUAACGUUUUUUGGGAAUUUAGAUUGUCCCCUUUUUAGAUGUGAAUAACAUAAAAUAAGUUUAUUAGAAUAAUAAUUCCUUCAUGUUUCAACUUUUUUUGCCUCAGUUUAUGGUGGAUGUGCAAAGAUCAUUUUAUGCAUAUUUUGUAUAUUUACACUGUUCAUGUUUGCUUGCACUUUUGACAGAUAUAUGGAGUAAAAUAAAUAUUACCAAUACUUAUAAUGAAAUUUAUACUUGUUACUAUAAAGGAAAUGUUAUAUUCUUGAUGUUAAAUUUGUAUUUAAUAAUUUACUUUUUUCUUGCAGUUGCUCAAUGAAAGCAUCCUUGCUGUCCUUGCAAUUCAUUACCCAAAACUAUUUACAACAGCAGCUCACUCUGGAUUCGACAAGCUCCUGUGUUCUAUUUCAUGCGUAUUGACUUCCAAGUACAGAUAAAAUAUUUGGAAACAUGCACAAUGAUCCACUAAACUUUAUGUGGAAAUUAUUCUUUAAAAUCCUGGCUAAAUUCAAAUAAUAAAUAUAUUUCUAAUAAUGUAUUUUAGAAUGUCCUGUUUUCAGUUGUUGGUAAAAGUCAUAUAUUGUAGAUAUAUAGAG